AUGGAGACUUUCACUACUUCCCAACUUCGACAGCAAGAGCUUAUGACAAAGCAAUUUGAGCUACAAGCAAAACAAAAUGAACACUUUGAAAGUUCGAUUCAAAUGCUUUUUGCUCAAAAUAAGAGGAUAGAAACUCACCUUUCUCAACUUUCACAACAAGUGAGUCAUUUAUCAACUCUUCAUGAUCAAGCAAAAGUCCAAAAGGAACAAUGCAAUGCAGUUUUCUUGAGAAGAGAUGAAUUAUUUUCGAGGAAAAUAGAUGAGAAAGUGUGCAGUGUAGAGUCAAGAAAAGAUGAAAAGUGUGAGGAUGAAAAAAGUCCCAAAUAUGUUGCUCCACCGGCCUAUGAGGAACCAAUGCCCUUCCCGCAAAGGUUGUCAAAAGCCAUGCUCGAUAAACAUUUGGGAAAUAUUGCGAGACUCUUAAGAAGGGUUUUGUGUGAUUUAGGUGCUAGUGUUAAUUUAAUGCCUUAUUCAUUAUAUGAAAAAUUAGGUUUGCAAAAACUUAAACCUUCCCCUAUUUCUCUUCAAAUGGCUGAUAGGACUGCUGGACUCGUGUGGUUGAAGAUAAAUGAUGCUACUAACCAUUUGGUUGUUAAGUGUGUAUUUGACAAAAAUCUUGUGAGAAAAGAGGACAAUAUUCCACCAAAGGAUGUGUUUAGCUACAUGAAAAGAGGUAAGGAGAGUGUAUCUUAUGCUAUUGGAGUUUCUAUUAGUGUAGGUUUUUGA